AUGGGAAAGGCUUCAGCAGCACAGGCACAGUUUGCUUUUGCACAGGCACGUGAAGGCUGCUCCACGACAAACCUCAACAAGCGCAGGGAAACCACGCACGGGCGCCGAUGUGCGAUCACCUGGAAGCAACGCUCCUCCAACCCCACGCAAACUCCCCCCGCCCGCGCGUGUGGGAAGGAGACGCAGAUGCACUUAGGCGUGUGCCGAGGAAUCCAACCGUUCUGGCACGGUUUUCGCGAUAUAUGUAACCCCUUCCUUUCUCCUUUCUCCCCCCCCGCCCCGACACCUUGCCUAAACGCUCCGUGCUCUCGCUCUCAAACCUCAGAUGUGUGUCACUUUGAAGUUCUGGUAGAAAAGAUACCGUUCAAAGGGCGAGAAGAAGCCCUUAGUGGCAUGUACCGGGACUUCGCAAAUAAGUGUGUCAUCAGUGAUUCAUUUAUUUUAGACGAUCCAGACCUGAAAGAUAUUGACCCUACGGUAUUAAAACAUUGCCAUGCAGCAGCUGCAACGUGUAUACUGGAGGCAGGAAAACAGAAAGCCGACAAAUCUGCUAUAAGCACAUGUCUAGAAGACUGUAAAUUGGACAGAGAAAGAAUAGAAGAAUUUUGCACUGAAUAUCAGAAAAACAAGGAUACACUGGAAAUCAUAUUAGGAAGCAUAGGCAGAUCUCCCCUCCACAUAACUGAUGUGUCUUGGCGCUUGGAAUAUCAGAUCAAGGCGAAUCAACUUCAUAAAACUUACCAACCGUCCUAUUUGGUGACCUUAAAUGUAGAGAGCAAUGAUUCAGGAUCACACCCAGAUGUUAGCUUUAGUUGCACGAUGGAGCAAUUACAGGAUUUAGUUGGAAAACUAAAAGAUGCUGCAAAAAGUCUCGAAAGAGCGACUCAGAUUUUGCCAGAGAUACAAAGUGUUGACCUACCCGAUCAGUCAGAUAGCUACAAAAUUAACGUUUUAGUAUAUUUUGAAGUAGAGGGAUUGUGUGCUUCGGAUAUCUGUAAGACGUGUAUCGUGCGUUACUUGGAGACAAGCAAGUAUUGUCCUAUUUGUGAUGUCCAAGUGCACAAAACUCGACCGCUUUUGAAUAUAAGGUCAGAUAAAACUCUUCAAGAUAUUGUAUACAAGCUAGUACCAGGCCUUUUCAAAAAUGAAAUGAAAAGAAGAAGGGAUUUUUACGCUGCUCAUCCAUCAGCUGAUGCUGCCAAUGGCUCUAAUGAAGACAGGGGAGAAGUGGCUGACGAAGACAAAAGAAUUAUAACAGACGACGAGAUAAUAAGCUUAUCCAUUGAAUUCUUUGACCAGAAUAGACUGGAACGAAAAGGAAAUAAGGAGAAAGAAAAAUCAAAGGAAGAGGUGAAUGACAAAAGAUACUUACGCUGUCCAGCAGCAAUGACUGUGAUGCAUCUAAGGAAGUUCCUGCGGAGUAAAAUGGAUAUACCUAAUACUUUCCAGAUCGAUGUGAUGUACGAAGAGGAGCCUUUGAAGGACUACUACACACUAAUGGAUAUUGCCUACAUUUAUACUUGGAGACGGAAUGGGCCUCUCCCUCUCAAGUACCGAGUGCGACCUACUUGCAAGAGAAUGAAGAUCAGUCACCAGCGGGAAGGCUUGAAUAACAGCGGGGAACUAGAAAGUGACUCUGGGAGCGACAAGGCGAGCAGCCCAGCGGGAGGCAUCCCCUCCACCUCCUCGUGUUUGCCCAGCCCCAGCACCCCGGUGCAGUCUCCUCACCCGCAGUUCCCGCACAUCUCCAGUACAAUGAAUGGCACCAGCAGCAGCCCUAGCAGUAACCACCAGUCCUCCUUCACCAACAGAGCGCGGAAAACCUCCAUAAAUGGCUCCUCGGCGACUUCGUCUGGUUGACUUGCCAAUGAGACUACUACCCCCACCCCUCAUUUAUAUAGAUCUCUCCAUGCCAUUACAGCUUUAUAGAUGCUAAUACAUGUGACUAUCGUCCAAAUUGCUUUCUUUUGUAGUGACACUGAACUUGGCUAUAAAAGGCGGACUAGGUGACAUUCAAUAUGGACGUUAAUUAAAACGCAAGAUUGAUAUGUAAAUUGUUUUCAAAGGACUGGGAAGCAAACAAAAGUUACACCUUCACGUGUUUGGAAUGAUGUGGAGUUGUUUCCGUCCCCAUCAUCUGGACCUGGGACUCUCCAGAAGUUGAUAUAAAUCCUGGGAAGUAGUUUGUUAAUCCAGACUAACUCCUCCAUUGCGUUCUCUUCACUUGUUAUUGUUAUUAUGCUGUUUUGUGAACCUGUAGAAAGCAAGUGCUUUUUCAUCUUGAAAUUCAACAAAACGGAAAGAAUAUGCAUAGAAUAAUGCAUAUAUGUAGCCAUGUCACUGUGAAUAACAAUUUUUGCGUAUUAGCCAUUUUGAUUCUUAUGUUGCAUCUUUAAUUCUCUGUUGCUGCGCAGAACCGAUCAAAAGAAAAGUAAACUUCAGUUUUACAAUCUGUAUGCCUAAAAGCGGGUAUUACCGUUUUAUUUACUGACUUGUUUAAAUGAUUCGCUUUUGUAAGAAUCAGAUGGCAUUAUGCUUAUUGUACAAUGCCAUAUUGGUAUAUGACAUAACAGGAAACAGUAUUGUAUGAUAUAUUUAUAAAUACUAUAAAGAAAAUAUUGUGUUUCAUGCACUCAUGAUACGGUUGUUAAAUUUCUGGUUCGACCCUUGCAGAUGCCGCUUGUUUGAGCUUUGCUCAUACUGCAAGAAACACUCUCUGUGUGACAGCUACAGUAUUGGGAAAGCACAUUCAAGUCUCUGAUAACCUGGAGGCAAUUGGCAAUCUUAAAAGGUUUUUACUGGCUUUGUCUUUUUUCAAGUGAUAUAUUUUUACGUUACCAAAUGUUGUUGAAGUGAUGCAGUGAAGAAAAAAAAAAGAGGGACAUGGAAGU